UCAAACCCUUCUGUCUCCUUUUGAGAUAAUUAAAAUCGAGUAAACACCGGCCCUAGUCGGUGCCCAUUCUCCCUAACUCUCCACUGACCGAGGUUUGUGGUGCUAGGAAGUGAGGACUCUGAGUGCACCCCUCAACCCCGACCCCGCCCCAUCGGCCCUGGCCCACCGCGGGGAGCAGAAGAUGCCUUCGGAGGUGCAGAAUCCCAAAAUAUGGAUCAACUCAUAAACAACUUGGAAGUUGUUCAGCAGGUGGCUCAAUGAAUGUCUUCAAACAGGUCACUGGCUCUAUUUAUAUCAGAGAUCCUCCUCUGUCAGCAAACAGAGAGAAGAUGACGUCUGCACCAUUCCUGGAUGCCAAUCCUAUGGAGAACUCAUCACUAAUUAGUGACAUCAAGAUUGAGCCCCCAGAAGAACUUCUGGAUAAUGAUUUCAACCUGCCCCAGAUGGAACCAGUUGACCUCUCUUUUCAUAAGCCCAAGGCUUAUGAAAGCUCCAGCUUUCAAGGCAAGCUCCAGCCUGCCAACCUGCUACAAGCUCCAGUACACCCUACCAAGCCACAGCCUGCUCUCCAGACACUUUUAGUGUCCACUUCAACAUCUAACACAGGCACAUCAGCAAAUACCCCUACAGUUCUGACUUCAGGUUCUAUCCUGUCCUCCUCUCAGAACACUGGUGGCCAGCAGAUCUUACAUGUGAUUCACACCAUGCCUUCAGUCAGGCUACCAAAUAAAUUGGGUGGCCUGAAGACCAUCCCACUUGUGGUACAGUCACUGCCCAUGGUGUAUACUACUUUGCCUGCAGAUGGGGACCCUGCAGCCAUUACAGUCCCACUCAUUGGAGGAGAUGGUAAAAAUUCUGGAUCAGUUAAAAUUGACACCACCUCCUUGUCUUCACUGGAUAUCCCAAGUGACAGUGAGGAGAGUGCAAUUGAGAGUGGAUCUUCAGCUUUACAAGGUAUUCAGGGACUACAGCAAGAACCAUCAGCAAUGACCCUAAUGCAGGGAGAGGAGUCUCUUGAGUUGAAGAGAAGACGGAUUCACCAAUGUGAUUUUGCAGGAUGCAGCAAAGUGUACACCAAGAGCUCCCACCUGAAAGCCCACCGCAGAAUCCAUACAGGAGAGAAGCCUUAUAAAUGCACGUGGGAUGGCUGCUCCUGGAAAUUUGCUCGUUCAGAUGAGCUCACCCGCCAUUUUCGCAAGCACACAGGCAUCAAACCCUUCCAGUGCACAGAUUGCAACCGUAGCUUUUCUCGCUCUGACCACCUAUCUCUGCACCGCAGGUGCCACAACACCAUGUGAGCAGCAUAGACUGCACUAGAAAAGCUGCACUGGUCUUUUUUGUGCAUAUGUGUGUAUAUGCAAUGAGAUCAUAACCAUCUUUUCCUCUUUGACUUCAGCUCGCCUCUCGAAUGGGGUGGGAACAGCUCACUAAGCCAGGCUGAUCAGACUAUAGGGAAAGAUAGAUGGUCUCCCAUGGGGGAUCCUCAUAGUCCACUUUCAUCUCUCCGCUAUCCAGUAUCCAGUUUUUACAGCUUCCCAUGGGUUGA